AUGGAGGAGUGUGUGAUGAUGAGACAGGAGAUUGCAUCUGCCCACCAGGAUUCAGUGGACCAAACUGCCUCACAGGUAAGCUCAUUGCCUGGUCUGCCUGUCUGUCAGGCGGGCUGUCGGUCGGAGUGUGUGAUGUGUGCUACAAUGGAGGAGUGUGUGAUGAUGAGACAGGAGAUUGCAUCUGCCCACCAUGAUUCAGUGGACCAAACUGCCUCACAGGUACUAGCAUGUGGCAGGCACAAGUUCGGUUGGUACUGUGAAUACGAGUGUGGCGCCAACAACCUCAUUCAGAGUUGUACAGGCAGCCAGUUUGGUCUGCCAGACCCUUACGGGAACAGCUGCAUCUCGGGAUACAAUGGCACAGACUGUGACACAGAAUGCCCUGCCGGGACAUUCGGUGCUGAAUGCACACAGAGUUGCCACUGCCAGUCGGGUGCCUGUAAUGGCUUUACUGGAGAAUGCUUAGGGGCGUCUGGAUGUUCUACAGGCUGGUCGGGCACAAACUGCCAAAGUAAGCAGUUGGAAUGA